GAGAACCCCAUUCUUCCUUCCUUCAUUGCUCCUCCUCCAUAUCACCGGGCAUCGACAUCUUUCAUUUCUUCUGCCCCAACCAAGCAGAUAGCGUCUGCCCGCAAAUUCAGGUGCUACCAAAAGAAUCGGAGAUCCAUCUGGAGGUUCAUAUCGAUGGGUUAGAUUGACAUCUGGUUACCAGGCCUUGAUUGAAAUACUAGUCAUCAUGCCUGGAGAGUAUAUUCGUCCGGACACCAUCGAAGAAGCGGUGCAAACAGUAAUCCCUUAUCUAGAGGACACAAGCAGUGCUGCACACACGGCCAUCUAUUUUGAUGGAUGGUGUGGGCUGGCUGCUUCGGCGGUGCUUAGAGCCAUAGCCCAAGAUCCUCCGCCGCCUCUCCUGAAGAAAUUCCACAAGAUCAUCCAUGUCGAUUGCUCGAGGUGGAAGAGCCGAAGGGCAUUCCAGAGGACAAUCGCACAAGCACUAAAGCUUCCUCAACGGGUAAUGGAUGCUUUUGAUAGAGAAGAUGAAGAAGAUGAUUUCAAAGGGGUAGAUGAAAGUUCAAGAGCUAAGAUACAUCAUGUUGGGGCAGAGAUUUAUCGUGCAGUACAAGACCAUAGAAAAAUGUUCGUCUUCCAUAAUGGGAGCGACAACACAAUUGACCUGAAUGAUUUUGACAUUCCUCUGUCUGUGUGGGGUACUCGAGUAUUGUGGACAUUUCGAGGGAGGCUCCGGCUCAGCCCAGGAAUUAUGGAUAAGGUGGAUAAUUCACAUCUUUUUCUUUAUCGUGAGUUUAGUCCAUUAUGGAAUUUUUUGUUGCAAAAAGAGGCUAGAGAAAUUGCUGGGUACACAGAUAAGCUUGGUGAAGUGGCCGAAGAGUGUUGCUUGUAUCUGUUGUCACUAAAUUCUCAAGGAGGCAAUAUCAUGGACUACGACUGGGCUACCCAUGCUUCGAGCUAUUGGGUUUGUGAUGGGAUUAUACAGGGAGGUCAGGGUGACGAAGCAUGGGAGGUUGCGUCUGCUUUGCAUCAACAAAUAUGUAUACAGGAUUAUUCAUCUAAUACAGUGCCCUCUUUUGGUGAUGAACUGGAGACUCCUCUCAAACGGUGGGUAUUGUCCAAGGACAGCUCUGUUGUGCAUCCAGAGACAACGUCUUUUUUCCUUACUAGAGUUGCAAGCGAGUCUGAUCCUCCAUUAAGACCUUUACCUAAUGACAUGUUUCAUCAAUCGAACAAGCUUCGUGUGCUCAAGUUAUGCCGCUGCACCUUCAGUUUUUCUUCACCUCCUUUCGGCUGUUGCCAUAGCUUAAAGUUCCUCGGAUUAGAUCACUGCAAGGAUCAACCAAUAGAACAAGAUGAGAAGAAAGGUAGACCAAUAAUGGAAUUUUUUCAGAGCCUGUGGGUGCUAGACAUAUGUCACACGGAUUGGAAUUUGGAUUUAUCAACAGAAAUAACAGAGCAGAUGGCUGCAAAAAUUAGGGAGGUACAUAUAAAGAAAGGAAGGAUUUGGUGCCGCAAUUUUCCAUGGCGGCAACUGAAGAACCUUCACAAGCUCCGAGUGAUUGAGCCUACAGCCUCAUGGCAGACAGGCGAAAGGGAUGAAUUUUCAGAUAUUGUGAAGAUGGAGUUCCUCGACUUGUCUGGGGAUAGUACAAUUCAAGUGUUGCCAACUUUGAUGCACGUGCAAGAGGGGAUCAAAAUAAGGAACCUAAAAUCUGUAAUAUCUCUUUGGCUGGAUGUGCAAGAUUGGUGA